AUCAUGUGCCCGCAAAGCGUUUUGUUUUGUUUGGCAAGAGUCUCUUAAUAGAAUUUAUUUCCUAAUUUAUCACAAGCUCACAAUAGCGCGUCGUACACGCUGGAAACACGCUUCACGCGCCAGUUGGCCGACGAGGUCGCCGAUCAUGGACACGCCUUCAUCAAAUUCACUCUCAAGGCCUCGUCUAAGGCUCAAUCGCCAUACACCGAGUUCUCGUGUUCAAGAUAGUAGUGAUAUGGAUUUUACCCCAGUCGCAGUCCCUUCCUCCGCGCGAUCACAGCUCAAUGUUGUCGAUGAUGAAGACGACAAUCAGCCUACCCCUCGUAUGCCACUCAGGAAUAUUGCUUCUUUUUCAAAUAGCUAUGGUCCAAAUUCAGAAUUUGGACCAUCUACUUCUUCCGUGGCACCCUCCGAGACUGCUGCAGCUCGCCUCCGCGCCUUGCUAGCACGUUCAUUGGAUUCGCCCAACGGAAAUUCGCUUCCUACAAGACCCUCUGCACAACUGUCAGAAGAUGGCGCUGGCUCUGUGUCAUCUCGCUUUACACCUGCCACUCCAAGCGUUACUCGGGACAGUCUGAAGGAUUUGUUUUCUCGUGCUAGACGUGAGCCUGGGGACACGCCACAGAAAUCGAGACCGCGUAGAGCCAGUUUUGACACGAGUGAGAUGGACAUUACCCCUGUUGUCGACCGUGAAAGGGAACAGCAUAAGGGUAAAAGAAAAAGUCUCAGUGAUGACGAGGUUGAUAAACCAAAAUCCAGCAAAGGGUCCGAAUCGUCAUUUCGGUCUUCUCAUGCAGCAACGUUUGAUACCCUUCGUGCACGUCUGUCUUCCCACUCGCGGCUCCUCGAUCAAAAUUUACCUACAGCGGUGUAUGACGGUUCAUUACUUGCAGAUGAGCCUCGUUUGGAAGGACAUGCUAAUGUUGAUUCGACGACGGCUUUGUUACGGCCGCUUGAUUCCACUUGGUCACCACCUCCAAGAAGUGCAAGUUCACAUCAAAGGACCUUCCAAUUGCCUUCCCAGCUAGCGUCUCACUCUAAUCUCCUGGAUCAAGAUUCGGAUAUGCAGCAUGCUAUGGGAGAUCUCGAUACAUCUGAAGAUGUACCAGUACCGAUGUCCGGGCCAAGCACCAGUCGCCCGUCAACUACUCCGUUGCGGUCCCGUACCUCCCUUUCAUUACGCGGAAGUUUGCGACAUCAUGAUCAGUCUCGGCGUGCCAGUCUCGAAUUGCCAGGGCCAAGGGCAAGCUCGUCACUUUCUGAUGCUGAUUUCAAAGAGCAAUACCACUCUCGUGAAGAUGACCGGAUGCACCAACGCGAACGCGAGUGGAACCGUCCUAAAGGACCAUCACGUUCUGUCACCCCUGAGCUGCAUCACCAACACUCAUUGGAGUUCCACCGACGCCACUCUCAAGAGAUGCCUUGGACGUCGCCCUCUCACGUUAAGUCCCUUUCGAACGGAGCAAUUUCACCGCUCGGCGGGGUAAGCGUUGCGUCACUUCGGAGUUUUGAUGAUGAUCGGAGCUCAAGGUCAGGUUCCAUGAGCUCACAGGUGGAUCAUCGUGAUCGGAUGGCUGAGCUUGACAGAGAUCGCUACAUUGAGCGUGAGCGAGAAUGGAAUAAACGACACCCACCAUCUCGACCGUCUUCAAGUCUUAGCUCGCAUUCGAAUCACUCCCACACUCACCCCAGUCGACCUCCAUCGGUCACAGCGUAUGCGACACCAACGCUUGCAUCCCUUCAACGACAAGGUUCCAAUUCUCGACUAUCUGGUGCCAGCUCACCUGUCAGCUCACAGGCUAGUCAUAACUCAUUACGAGAUCCAGAAGAAGUGGAAGAAGAACGAGAGGUAACGCAUGAACGUGAGCGAAAUUGGAACUCGCCACAGCCCAAAUGGAACACAGCGAGGCAUCAUAGUCACAGCAGCAGUGGAAAUCAAGUGACAUCUCCGAGUGUCCAUCUUUCCCAAAGCAAGAAUGGGAGGAGUUUGCGUGCAUCGUCUAGUCUACCUCACCUCACUCCGGAGGCUCAACGCAAGGGCUCACCGUCGCUUGUGAAGUCGCAUUCUCACAAAGACAAAGUGGAUUCAGUGCUUGAUGCACCAACGUCAGUUCAUUCGCCUCAGAGUGCAGUUCCGUCGCCUCCAUCCGAUGAGAGUGAGGCUUCACCCCAUACUACAUCACUCAAGCUUGCGGCCGCUUCAAGAUUUGGCUGGGGUUUUUCGCGGAGUCAUCAGCUUCCCCCCUUUGAUCUAGAGAGUUCGCCUACACGAGGCGGACGCAGCAAUAAGGAGCCUGAUUCCUCACAUCACCGCGCGCCAACCAUCUCUUCGCCAUCGCGGACUCCAAGCUCGUGCCCAUCCAGUCGGGCUUCGGGCGUCAAUAGGUCAAGCUUGAUUCCAGUACCCUCGACAUCUAAGAGGAAUGGUCUUUUCAACAGCGGCAGUUUUGCUUCUUCCACUCCUAAAGCCAACGACGAGGAGAAGUUCAUUAAGGGUCAUCGUAAGCGGUCGAUGGAGUUUACUGAGUCUGUAGGGAGUAUUCAUCCUCGAACUAGCAUUCAUGGUGCAUUUGGAGAUGAGGAUAUGGUUUUAGCGAGCGAUGAGGAAUCCGUGUCGGAGUUUGCUCCGCGAUCGACUACUCCAGACACACGACCUUCGAAUUCCUUCCCAGAGGAUCCUCCCAGUAAGACAGAGACAGAGGUUCUGGUAUCACCACCAUCCUCGCCACCAAGACGACGCUCACCUGUUCAAACACCAGGUGUUUCUUCCAGUGAUGAAGCCCGUCUUCGCAGAGCUCUUGCCUCAACUUCAGCGACCUCGUUCCGACCUCUUACGCCAGACUCUCCAUUAGAUACCUCUCAGUCUCAAGAGCAGACGAUGCCAUCAUCUUUUACUCCUCCGGGAACGCCGCCAAUGACCAGUUCCGCUCCUCAGGACGAAUCUUCUUCUGGAGUCAUUCCCACCGUUGCGCUCACAACUCCGCCGCGUCGUCUUUCGUCAAGCACUUCAAUUCUUGACGUCCGCACCCCGUCUCCACCCCAUGACCUCUCCAAUCUUUCUGUUCUCCCUUCAUCAUCUGAAGAUGAAGUAGAGACACGUGAGGCGGAUGUCACACCCGUGCGAGCAGAUGAGGAUGGUCUUGCCAAUCCGAAUUACACCGCGAUGAAGACUCCGAGACCUCCUGGAGCGUGGGCUGCUACGCCCGUACCGCCCAAGCACCCGAGGGAAACAUCACCACCUCCUACUUCAUCUGAGUUAGCUCCGACUGUGUCAUCGUCAUCGACGCCUUUGCCUCGAGCCAAUUCUGAAUCCGAGUGGAACUCGAAGACUGAAACUCCGGCAGGCAACGGACUGCUCACGCCAAUACCUUCUCUGUCGCGUGCUAACUCUCUUCCUCUACGUACACCGGCUCCCCCCGGUGCAUGGAUGCUCACCCCGAAUCAACCCACAACUCAGAAUGGACAGAAUGGUUCUGCAGAUCAGUCCCAGUUUGGUUCUAUCGGAAGGAGAAAGAGCAUUCUCAAAGUACGCUUUGACGUCACGGAAUCAGAGGCUUCAACUGCUGAAGUUGAACAUCAAAAAUCACCUUUACCUUCCGGGCGCGUAUCUGCGCCUGACUUUCUGCCUGAUGGCCACUCACGAUGGGCGGAGAGCGUCCCUUCAAAAAUAACCAAUGGUUCUGCCCACAUUGAUGCCGUACAAGAUCCGGUGCCAGCGAGGCCCGUCACUCCUGACUCUACAACGCCCAUAUCUCGUGCCAACAUACCAUCGCCACGUUCGCUGAGAAAAUCACCCGUCGUCAAGGUUGUGGAUGCAUUUGGUCGGGAAAGGAUUGAUGACCUUCCAACACCAGCUGAUGCCCAGGAUAUUACGGACGGACGUGCGGAUGCGAAAGACGCGAUUCGCUCGCUGUCAUCAGCUGAAACUCUUCACACUCCUCGUGCCCAGCACAAGAGUAAUAUUCGUAUUGUCGAUGCAAUGGGAAGAGAAAUUGAGGAAGAAAUUGAUCCUGUGAUUGAACCCCUAUUCGAAGAAGAGUUGUUAGUCCUGCAUCAUGAUUCACCUGUUGGUCGCACGGAAACCUUGGCUCAGAUGCGGCAAACGCUCCGGGAGUGGGCUGAUGGGCUAAGUGAUGGGGACAGGUCUGCUGAUGAUCUCGCUUUGAACACGAGCCACCUCAAAGAGCUGGAAGAAGUUUCGAGGGCAGCGCGGCAUGCUCGGAAUCAGUUGGCUCAGACCCUUCGUGUCGAAUCUGUGAAAGAGCGUGACCUGAUGCACAGAUCUGCUAAGGACGCCAAUGGCCGAAGCGGGCUUUUGCCGGCUAUCGUUGGCGACAACAGCUCUUUCCAUCGUGGUAUGGUUUUGUUUGGGGUUGUGGUCCAAAUAAUCUUCGUCCUUGCGAUGUUGCGAUUCGCACAUGUCCAAGCUCGCCAACUCUUUUAUACUGUCUAUUAUGAUCCUCUCUACCCAGAGUUGAAUCCCUUACCUGGACACUCACGUCAAUUCUCGCCGCCCUACCCCUCAUUUCCAUGGUCGCUUUCGAGUGCGUAUGAGAUUGUAAGACACGAAGGAUGGUCAGCUUUGAAAGCGGAACUACAGGGCACUGUGCGCCGCAUCGGUGAACAUGCUUGGGAGAAGUGGGGAGAACGCCCUUACACCGGAACAUGGCCACCUACGUGACCAUUAUUACGAUCAGGCUGCAUGCUAUCUAUUUUUCAUGAUAUUUUUUUUCUUUCUAUGGUAUCGUCGAAAGGCUGUCUAGUAUUAGUAUUGUACAUAUCGCAUGAGCACUUCUCGAUCUUCAUGAAUUUAACGAUCCAUGCUGAAAUGGUGACUCGGACUCGGAGCAGCCAAGGUUAAAAUCCGAAUCAUGCGCGUCGUCGACGGUGACG